AUGGACCCACAAGCUUAUAUGGACAAGGUCAAUGCAGGGGAGAAGAAGAUCAGCGCAAAGCAGUGGCCAUCAAUGUUCUAUGACAUGAGCUUGUACGACCCAAAGAACAAGAAGAAGGGAUUCCUCCGAAGUUGUGUGGUGAUACAGGCAUGGUGCCAUAUCUUUACAGGUCCUAUGUCGGCUCUAUCCAAAGACAACAUCGGUCACUCAUCAAAGCCUGGGAAGGGCAAAAUGCAUCACCUUGCCAAACCAGGGAUCAGAAACAUAAUGUAUGCUGCGUGCCAGAUGUAUUUCGCAGCCAGCAAUGCAGAGUCGUGGAUGCCUGCCAUUGGGGCCAUGGACCUUGGUGACCUAUACUAUAGAGCCAUCGACAUUGUCCACGAUAACACUGAGCAGCAGUGGGUCAAAGAUUUGAUGAAAUUCUGGAAGGAUGAAACUCCUGGCCUGAUCGACAACCGUCCCUCCAAGCGACGCAGAGUUGCUGCAACCAACAACUCUGGUUCUUGCACUCCAAAUCAGAGCAAUCUUGGUGGUCCUCCCCCUCCUACACCUCCUCGCAGCUCCCCCGGGCCAAUAUCUGGCAGUUCCCCAGCACUUCCUUGCACCGGCUCCCCAGCACCUCCUCACACUGGCUCCUCAGCACCUCCUGGACCUCAACGUGAACCUUCUCCUUUGAGUGAACCUCCGACAACUGCUGCACCUGUUGGACACAAAACCAAACAAGCAGCGCCAGUGCCUUGA